AUGGCAGACCCAGCGAUGGACGGAUUCGCACAGACCCGCGGCGCCGACGACCUAUUCGACGAUGAGAUUAUCCCGAUCUCCACGGAAGAACAGCAGGCGCAGACAGAGAUCAUUACCCCCGAGCCAGAACCACAGCCAGAGCCAGAGGAAGUACAAGUACCCGAGAAGCCAGCUCCCGAGCAGCCAAUUCCACGUGGGGAGACUCCGCAGCGGGGCCGUGGAGAACGAGGCCGGGGACGACGGGGCCGGGGCAAAGGAGGACGUGGUGGACGGGAGUCCGAGCAGAAACGGUCAGAAAGCUCUCCGCGCAAAAAGACUCCUGUCAAUGCGCCUGCUACCGAAGCGCGCGAGACGGCUGCUCCGAAGCCCGAGAAGCCCGUUGAGUCUAAAGAGCAGACCACUCCGGUCGAAGAGGGUAAUGGUGAGGAUUCGGCUGCGAAUGGUACCGAUGCCCAGCGAGUCCCUGCUGUUCGUGGCGAUCGGAGUGCCACAGGUGGACUGAGGAAGCCUAAACUCACGGAAGAAGAACUAUCCAAACGCAUUGCAGCAGCCAAGGAAAACGCCGUAAAGAAGGCUGCGGCCCAUGCCCGCGCCGAAGCUGAUCAGGCAUCGUUCAUGGAGCGCGAGCAGGAGGCGGCGAAGAAACGUCGCGAGGAACUCGCGCAUCGCCGCGUGAUGGAUAGUGAACGCGAGAAAAACAGACAGCGGAAACUCAAGGCCCAGACGGGACGUGAGUGGGACUCGCAGAAACGCGAGGAAGACUAUGACCCCCGCGGUGGAGGCAGCCAGUUCCGACGCGGUAUGCAUGGUGGCGUGUCUGGCGCCGUGCGACGGGACUUUGAAGAUGGCCGUUCAGAAGAUGCCGCAGAUCACUCUGGUGGUAACCGGGGUCGUGGACGCGGUCGAGGUGGCCGUGACCGUGGAUCUCCACGGGCCCCACAGGGAGACCGGCCACGCAAGGGCUUGGCUGACAGUAUAUUUGCAACAGAGAGCCCUGCUGCGCCGGGGUUGGAUGAUAAGAGCGCAUUCCCGGCUCUGCCUGAGAGACCCAAGAAGACAGAGGCUAAGCCUGUCUCCGCGCCGGAGACUAAGGUCAAGGCUGAGACUAAAGCUGAGCCCAAAACUGAAACUGAAACUGCACCAUCCAAGUCACAAACGGCAAUGGAUAAAUUGGACGAUACGUUUUCACCCAUUACUGGAACUUGGGCAGACCAGUUUGAGGAUGAGUGA